AUGCUGCCUCUGAAUAAUUACGUGUUAAUAUUUCUUUCAAUUCCUUUAUCAGUUCUUUCUUUAAAUAAUUUUGUUGACAAUUUCCAAACACUUAACUAUAACUCCCGGGCAGUUAUUGCUGCUCGUAGGAAAAGGUCGCUCUAUUCAGAACCUUUGAAUUUAAAAUUUAAUGCUUAUAACAGGUCUUUUCAUCUUUAUUUGGAGCCCAUUGACGAAUCCACAGGACUCUUCCAUGAAAGUCAUGCAGUUGACGUUGAUGGAGAAUAUGUGGAAGUAAAGCCACACGAAUUUCUUUAUGAAGGUUUCAUAAAAGAUGAUCCUCAUUCCCGCGUUUACGGUUCCAUUAUCGACGGAGUUUUCGAUGGUCAUAUCCAUACCUCAGACGGGCACUCUUAUUCUGUAGAAAGAGCGUCCAAAUAUUUUUCAAUUGAUCGGAGACCCGAGAAAUACCAUUCUAUUAUUUAUCAUGAUAAUGAAAUCAAUCACAGGAAAAUGAGAGCUAAAAGGGAUGCGAAAGAUGAGUCUGUGCAUGGCUGCGGACUUCGUGAUGAUAUCAAAGAUAGUAUGGCGAGAAUACAACGCUCAGCAGAACCUGCUCCCGAUGAAUACACGAAUUACAUGACCAUGGCUGGACGUAGUAAACGAUCAACGAAAGAUGCGAAAGGCUUAUAUUCUGUGCGAACUUGCUCACUUUAUUUACAAGCGGAUCACAAAUUGUACGAACAAAUCAGAAGAAAAGAGGGAAAUAAUGAUGGGAUUAGGACAAGAGAAGAAAUUGUCAGUUUGUUCUAUAAUCACAUCAAAGCCGUUAAUGAGAUUUAUGAAGGAACAAAUUUUGACGGCAUUAAAGGAUUACAUUUCGUAAUCCAAAGAACUUCAAUUUUCACCCCUGAUACUUGUAAAAAUGGCAAAGCCAUAGUAGGGUCGGAUAAUCCUUUCUGUGAAGAAAAUGUUGAUGUUUCUAACUUCUUGAACCUGAACUCACAGCGAAAUCAUUCCGCUUUCUGCCUCGCUUAUGCCCUUACUUUCCGUGAUUUUGUCGGAGGAACUUUAGGACUUGCGUGGGUAGCUAGUCCUCAAUACAAUACCGCUGGAGGUAUUUGCCAGGUGUAUCAACGAUAUAAUGAAGGCUCACGAGGCUGGGUAUUCCGAUCGCUGAAUACAGGAAUUAUAACUCUUGUUAACUAUGGAAAUCGUGUUCCUACACGAGUUUCUCAGCUAACUUUAGCUCACGAAAUUGGACAUAACUUCGGCUCCCCUCAUGAUUUUCCUGCUGGAUGCCAGCCAGGUUUACCCGAUGGGAACUUCAUCAUGUUUUCCUCAGCAACUUCGGGAGACAAACCAAACAACUCAAAAUUCUCUCCUUGCUCAAUAGCAAAUAUUUCAAAUGUUUUGAAUGUAGUUCUUCAAUCGGUUCCAGUUGAUCCAACGAGAAAUGUUGCCAUCACUUCGUUGUCUAAGAGAAAUUGCUUCCAAGAGAGAACAUCUGCGUUCUGUGGCAACCAAAUUUGGGAACCUGGUGAGGAAUGUGAUUGUGGCUUCUCUCAGGCUGAUUGUGACCAAAUGGGUGAUAAAUGUUGUGUCCCACAUGAAACUGGUCGAGGAGGUCAACCUGGUCCGUGUAAGAGAAAGCGUGGAGCAAGAUGUUCACCUUCUGAAGGUUACUGCUGUAACUCUGAAACUUGUGGGUUGCAUUUAUCUUCCGAACUUAAAGUUUGCCGCAAGGAAUCGGAAUGUAGCGAAGCACAAACAUGUGAUGGACUAACUGCUCAAUGCCCUACCUCUACUCCUAAACAAAAUGGAUUGCCAUGUCAAGACUCAACUAAGGUCUGUUCUGGAGGAAGUUGCAAUGGAUCAGUAUGCGAAUUGGUUGGGCUUAAAGAUUGCUUCCUAACAGAAGGCAAACCGGAAGAGUUAUGUUUUCUCGCUUGCUUCAAAGAUGGAAAAUGUGUAUCGAGUGUUCUCUUACCAGAGUUUUUGAAUAACAGAACUAAUUUCAUACAAUCAGGAAGAAAAGGAGAAAAUGGACUUGUUUUACAUCCAGGUUCCCCUUGCAAUAACUACAAAGGUUAUUGCGAUAUCUUCCGCAAAUGUCGAAGUGUGGAUGCGAACGGCCCUCUUGCAAGACUGAAAAACUUAUUAUUUGAUAAGAAAACAAUUGAGAGUGUUACACAAUGGGUUCAGGAACAUUGGUGGGUUGUUGGAACUGGUGGCUUAGCUUUAGCGUUCUUCAUGUGUGUUUUUGUGAAAUGUUGUGCUGUUCACACUCCAAGUACCAAUCCAAAUAAGCCACCCGCUCUAAAUAUUUAUCAAACGUUAACCAGACCCAGCACACUUAUUCGUCAACGAAGACAACGUCACCGGUCUGCUGCAGGUGGAACUGGAGCUGCUACUUCUUCCGCCCAAAUGCGUCCUGUUGCUCAAGAAGCUAGACCUAGUGCAAGACCUAGUGCGCGGCCAUCAGCUCCGCCUCUGCCAGCUACAGCUCCUCCUGCACCCGUGCCUGUUGCAGUUCAGCCUGCAGUUAUUGUAGUAGAACCUCCACCACCUUAUUCCGCUGCGGCUGAUCCAGCAGCAUUGGGUGGACCCCCGAGAGGACAUAGAAAAAACAAACGACAAACAGCUGCUGAUGCAGCGCCUAAAGAACGAAGGAAAGGGAAAUAA